UUCUGGCACUAUUCGGGCGACCAUCAACCUAAAUGUUGCUCGAAAAUGUCCGGAGAGCGAUUGACAUCAGGGAGAGGAGGCGGCCUCUCCCGCGGAAGCCGAACGAGGUCUUACGGAAGUUUGAUCCGAUCUUCGCUCACCCCAGUUCGCCACGGAUUCAUUGAGCACACGGUUCAGCCAGGAGACACACUACAGGGCCUGGCUGUGAGAUAUGGCGUGUCCAUGGAGUUAAUCAAAAGAGCAAAUCGACUGUACACCAACGAUUCAAUAUUCCUGAAGAAGUCCUUGUCAAUCCCAGUGCCAACAGAUUUGGACGACUUCGGGGAGAAGGCAUCUGAAGAAGACGGUGAACAAAGCAACACCGACAGCGCUUCUGUUCAGAGUGGACACUCGGAAAACUUCACUGAGAAAAAGCAAAGAGAAAUGACACCGGACCCUACGCCUCUGGAUUUUUUGAGGAAGCUGGAUGAUUUGAUCAGCCAGUCUAAGCAGGCUGCAGCCCGAGGAUGCCUGGAUGCAGAGCAAAGGGCUGCGGCCUUAGAAGCAGCUUGCUCCAGCAGGACAUCAGGUUGGCGGCCACUCACAAGAUCGCAAAGUGUCAUUUCAUCUUCCAGAAUUCAGCAGCAGGCAGGACACACGGCUCUACCCCUCACCAUCACCAAGCUCACCAAAUUGAAAGACAGGGAAGAUGAAAUCUUUGAACUGUGACAUCUUGUUUUAUGUUUUUUUUUUUUUUGCACACCGAUCGUUAUAAAAACUUUCCCGAGGAGCCGUAUCGCAGGGAUUGAACUCCAAAACGUACCAAGUUACAAAAAGAGCAAAAGAACCUUGCUGUCCGUGCUGUAAAAAGUUAAAACAGUUAAUCACAAAGCUGUUUCAUAUAGAAAGUCGGUUUUCUUUUUAGAAAUUUAAUUUGGCACAUUAUAGCUUUAUUU